AUGUCACUCCGCCACAUCGCCAUCCCCUCGUGCUCAAGGUCCCGCACAUCUCUCCUGUAUCCAACCUAUGCCCUGGCAACGCGCGUCCAGUCAAAGCUGCAGCAGGGUCUGCUAGCUUGGAAGGCUGGCGCAUCUGACCCCCAUCACCAGCAUCAUCCACAGCAGCAUCUACGAUCCACCCCGCCGCUUCCCACCCUGCUUUCCUUCACCCCCGCCCCGACUUACACCCUAGGCCGCCGACAAACCGAGCCGCUUUCCGAACCCGAAGUCGCCCGUCUGCGCGCACCAUUGACUGUGUACUCAACGGACACCACCACCCGCGCAUUCGUCCCCGAACUGCUUCACGCCCCCCGCGGCGGCCUCACCACCUACCACGGCCCGGGCCAAGUUGUCCUCUGGCCCGUAAUUGACCUCCGGUCGCCUUUACACACACACUUCACCGUGCGUGACUACACCUGCCUACUCGAGAAGACCACUAUCGCGACGCUCGGUCGUCUCUAUCAAAUAACGGGAUUCACUACUUCCAACCCCGGUGUAUGGGUGCGGGCCGACGGGGAUGGGAGAGAGGAGCGCAAGAUCUCGGCUUUGGGAGUGCAUCUCCGGCGACAUGUCACCGGCCUAGGAGUUGCCAUCAACUUCGGCAUGCCGGUCACUGGUCCCGAGUCCGUAAACCCUUGGGCGCGCAUUGUGGCCUGUGGGCUUGGCGACAAGACCGUCACGAGCGUCGCGGCGCACCUUGACUUGUCGCCCCUGACGGUGCGCGCCGAGGACAUCGCCCUGGCGUGGGCCGACGAGUUCGCCACUCGGCUGGGCCUGCGUGAUGCAGACGGGGGCUCUGGUGUGGAGUGUGAUGAUUGGGGGAGAUGGGAAGAGGAAUUGUGUCCUAAUCAAGCAAACGGAGACUACGUUGAGGCCCAGCCGCUGGGGACAUAA